AUAAAGCAACAGCUGAUUUUAAAAAAUAUAUUUAUUGACAUCUUUCAAUUCCACAAAAAUGUACUGAAAAAAAGUGUGGUAAACGGCGUAAUUAUUUACUAAAUUUGUCUAAUUAUCACCUAACACAGUUAUCAAAUCCCAUCCCGUUCCACGAAAAAUGUCCGCCAGUAAGUUGGAUGCAGUUUACAGAAGUAUUCUACUAACCAAAUUUUUCACAAAAGGAUGGGGUAAACCGGAGAAUUUGCGCAGGUUAUUUGAGUUCAGAAAAGUCGUGUCCAACCGCGAUGAGUGUUUCAAAUUAAUAGAAAGAGAUUAUCCAGUAACAAUAACCAAGGAACAAAACCUCAAUGACUGCAAACUGCUGGAAGGCUACUUCAUCUCUCCGCUUGAUCGGUACCUGCCCGGGAUAGUUCCGGAGAUCGCCAGAAAGGCACAUUUCCAGGUGAUACUGCCGGUGCAUUGGCCUGAACCUACCAGCAAGCCGAUGUGUCUACAUUUAGCGGGCACUGGUGAUCAUUUUUUUUGGCGACGGCGAAAUUUAAUGGUGAAACCAUUACUGAAAGAGGCGGGCAUCGGCGGAAUCAUACUUGAGAACCCAUUCUAUGGGCUACGGAAACCUACCGAUCAGGUUCGGUCUUCCCUCCACAAUGUUUCGGACAUAUUCGUGAUGGGCGGGUGCCUGAUUCUGGAGGCGCUGGUGCUCUUUCACUGGUGCGAGCGGAAUGGACUCGGCCCAUUGGGCGUCACUGGGCUCUCCAUGGGUGGGCAUAUGGCGUCACUGGCAGCUACGAAUUGGCCUAAGCCUUUAGUUCUAGUUCCUUGUCUAUCGUGGUCGACAGCGUCAGCGGUUUUCUUGCAGGGAGUGAUGUCGCAAUCAAUAAACUGGGACUUGCUCGAAGAUCAAUACCUUUCAGACGGCGUAUACAGAGAGAAGCUAUCCAAAAUGGUGACGAUUGUAGACGAAGCGUUCCUAGCGGGGAAGAAAUUCGCGCGUUCCUAUUCCCAAACCGUCGACAAAGACAACAAACCGCCACCAAAAGACAAUAAAACCGAAACAAUCCCUCCAGCUCCAGACCAAAAACUCGAUAUCACAUACAAAGAAACAAAUUGUGACAAGGACCCCGACGUAGUUGAUCUAACUAAGAACAUAGAAGUACGCGACAAAGUGCCUAAAAACGUCAUAAAGUCUGAAUGUACAGCGCAAAUAGCACAAAUGAACGAAGAACUGAAGAAAUUGCUAGAAGAAAACAAAAUUACUCAAGUGUUGUACGACAAGCUGAUGUCCAACGAGAAAUUCCAGUUGGAUUCGCAAGAUAUCGCCGACAUAAACAAACUGACCGAAGAUAGAAUAAAAGAAUUGUUGUUGAAAUUUAAAGUUGCUCUUGUCCAAAACGAGAUGAACGAGCAGUCGGGAGAAACGAUCAACUUCACUCAAAAAAGGAACGAAGAACCGCAGUUGGACACAAAAGAAGAAGUGGUUGCGGCAGUUAGCGAAAAACCGACUGAAGAGGCUAAGAAAGAAGAGACUGUAACACCACAAGCCAUAGAGCAGAAAGCCGAAGAACCAAAGACAACCGCGAGUGCCACAGUCAAAGGAAAGAAACCUGACAGAAGGUCGUGGAACGUUUCGGACCUUACUUCAGAUUUGUGGGUGAAUUUACCGUUCCUGCGGUCGAGCGGGAAGAAGAUAGACAUAAGCAAGAUACACUGGAGGGACAGAGAGGCACUGCAGUUUAUGCGGGGCGUCAUGGAUGAGUGCACGCAUCUCAGCAACUUCUCUGUGCCUUAUGAUACUUCUUUAAUCAUUGCUGUUUGCGCGAAACACGACGCCUACGUGCCUCGAGAAGAUGUUGGGACACUGGAAGAGAUCUGGCCCGGCGUGGAGGUGCGCUACGUUGACGCUGGUCAUGUGUCCGCCUACAUACUGCACCAGUCGCUGUUCAGAUCGUGCAUAAAGGAAGCAUUCGAAAGGUCGAAAAAGAAGUGGAAAGACGGAAAGCACAUCGACUGACCAACGAUAUUUUGACAGUAUUUUCAAUAGCCGAAUACCGUUUGAACACACUCGUCAACGUCUCAAAUGUUACACAAAUUAUUCACUUUUUUACACCAAGAAAGGAGCUUAACUACAUUUGAUGGAACUGAAGCAAUACUGAAAGAUGUUGACAGGUGUGAUUCAACCGUCAUGUUUCUACAUCGUAUCAUUAUCGUUCGAGACAUUCGCGCCAGGCAACGCCGGGAUGCCAUGCAGUAGGUAUACUGGACGACAAUACACAAAGCCCUUUCUUAUGGCCGUCUGAUAAGUCACAACUUUAUUGUGAAACUAUUUACAGAUAGCAUACGGUCAUAAAAGUAACUCAAUACCUCGUCUUUAGGCGCUAGUGUGGCAAAUACACGUAGACAAUAGCUGAAAAUAUAGAAGAUUUAACAAGGUCAGAAAUAACUGCGAAACUGUGAUAAUAGCUGGACGAAAAUAAUUAGCAAUAUCAACGAACAGAUAUACAUAAAUCCCUAUAACUUUGAGAAUUUAUUUAAAUAUAUGUAGUCUAAUCUGUUGAUUUUCUGUUUGACUGUAAGAAAUUUAUUUUGUAAAACAUGACUUGUUCUCAAAACUCAUGGUAGUUUGUGUGGAGAAUUGCUCAAUUGUCUAUUAACGUUAUUUUAACUAAUAGCAUAUAAUUGACGAUUGGUGCUUUUGACUAACAGUUUUAACGAUAGUAUUGCAUAUCAACGUCCAUUAGGAUACGGAAUCAUACCAUAAGUACCAUAAUGUUUUUACCUUAUCAUGCACACCAGUUACAA